AUGGUGGCGGCUGCUCGACAUGGUGUACUCGAGCCACGAUGGGAGAUAGAAGCGACCCAUGGCUUGGUCUCGGAUUUCCACGGUUACGCGGACGCUUCGAUAUCGCAACCUCUUCUAUUCAAGGACGUUGCAAGAGACUCCAAGACCCAGAAGAUCAUGCUAGCCACUCUUUUUGCGAUAGUUUGGCUUGGAUUUACUUGUGCGGUGGCUCUAUCUGGCCAGGGGAAGGAAGCCGCAACAAGUUCUAUUGACACACGGCGGUUGUGGGCGCAGUACUCGCCGUGGUUCGCUGUUGAAGAGUACAGGACGCCUCCGAGUGCUUGUCAUAUAACACAGUUGCAAAGACAUGGUGCUCGUUUUCCUACGACUAGUGCGGGCAGGCGAAUUCAAACUGCCGUCGCGAAGCUGCAGGCAGCAUCCGCGUUCGCAGAUCCCCGUCUGUCAUUCCUUAGAAACUAUACGUAUAAUCUUGGGACAGAGGACUUGGUACCAUUCGGUGCCGCUGAGUCAUUCUCGGCAGGCAAAGCCGCGUUCAAGCGAUACGCGCACCUGGUGAAACCCGGCCAGCUCCCAUUCGUCCGUGCCUCUGGCUCUGAACGAGUCGUCCUUUCAGCGACGAACUGGACGGCAGGCUUUUCGCUCGCCAGCCAUCACGUUUACUCUCCGAAGCUGUCUGUGAUUCUUUCGGAAGAAGGGAACGACACACUCGACGAUUCCAUGUGUCCCUCUGCUGGGAGUUCUGACGUGCAAACGAUGCAGUGGCUGGAUACGUUCUACCCCGCUGUCACCGCGCGUUUGAACAGGGCGGCUCAGGGGGCGAACCUGACCGACACAGACACUUUCAACCUCAUUUCACUGUGCCCUUUUGAUACAGCUGCUGGCAAUGGCCGCGAGAGUCCAUUUUGCGAGAUAUUCGACACGGAGGACUUUCGAGGGUUUGAGUAUUCCGGCGACCUCGACAAGUUCUACAACACGGGCUACGGCCAGGAGCUGGGCCCUGUGCAAGGCGUUGGGUAUAUCAACGAGCUCAUAGCGCGGCUGAAACGCACACCGGUGGUCGAUCAUACGCAGACGAACACGACGCUGGACGGGGAUGCAGCCACGUUCCCUCUGGAUCGUGCUAUUUAUGCGGAUUUCUCUCACGACAACCAGAUGAUCGCGAUAUACGCAGCCAUGGGUCUUUUCAAGCAGCAACGUUCGCUGGAUCCUCUGGAGAUGGAUGGUCGCCCCUCUAGAACGUGGGUAGCUUCUCGGCUGGUGCCUUUUGGAGCUAGGAUGGUGGUGGAGAAGCUCGCGUGCGGCAAGAGCGGCGAAGAGUUUGUUAGGAUCUUGGUGAAUGAUGCAGUUCAGCCUUUGGACUUCUGCGGAGGUGGAGAGACGUGCGGGUUGGAUGCUUUUGUAGGCAGUCAAGCUUUUGCCAGGAACGACGGCAAUGGUGAUUUCGAGAAGUGCUUCCAGUGA